AUGCAAAAGCUUACAAAUGUGAAGGAGAACCAGAAACAGAAUAAACUCCUCUGGAAUGUAGAAGGCAGAGUGAGUUUAAGAGAUUUAAGAAGAAGAAUCAAAUACUUACAACUACGAUUCAAUAAACCAGUGCGCUAUGCGGCCACUGUCAUCUAUAUUGUGCAGACGAUUCUCUACACAGGAGUCGUGGUGUAUGCACCUGCGCUAGCGCUCAAUCAAGUGACUGGGUUUGAUCUCUGGGGCUCUGUGUUUGCAACAGGAAUUGUUUGCACAUUCUACUGUACCCUGGGGCACUGCACCGUGGCUGCCAGCAUCAAUGCCUUAGCAACGGUGACCUUUGAGGACUUUGUCAAGAGCUGUUUUCCCCAUCUCUCCGACAAGCUGAGCACCUGGAGCAGUAAAGGCUUAUGUAGGUAGAGCCAAUUCAUCUUCUACUCCAUGAGUGGGCACAUUGAUCUGAUCUGUCUUGUUCCACAGGCUGCUCUCAGCAUCCAUGGCAUGUGCGGGGGACCAAUGCUGGGCUUGUUCUUUCUGGGAAUCUUGUUCCCUUUUGUGAACUGGAAGGGUGCAUUAGGUGGCCUGCUGACUGGAAUCACCUUGUCAUUUUGGGUGGCCAUUGGAGCCUUUGUCUACCCUGCACCAGACUCCAAGACAUGGCCCCUGCCUUUAUCCACAGACCAUUGUGUCCCAUCAAAUGUAACAGAGUCAGUGCCUACAGUGCUACCUAGCAGACCUUCCAUCGCCGAUACCUGGUAUUCGAUCUCCUACCUUUACUACAGCACCGUGGGCUGCCUCGGAUGCAUUGCUGCUGGGAUAAUCAUUAGCUUCAUAACAGGUCACCAGAGCAGCAAGGAUAUUCAACCACUGCUAAUUAGACCGGUUUGCAAUUUAUUUUGCUUUUGGUCUGAAAAGUACAAAAGACUGUGUUGGUGUGGUGUUCAGCAUGACGGUGGGACGGAGCAGGAAAACCUUGAGAAUGGCAGUUCCUGGAAACAAGGGGCUGAAUCUACCUUACAGAAUGGACUCAGGCAAGAAAACCUGGUCCAUAUUCCAGGCCAUGAUCCGAAGGACAAAAGCUACAGCAAUAUGGCGUUCGAGAAGAUUACCCAUUUCUAACACAUGCACAAAAAUAUAAACCCCCCGCACACACACACGCAGAUACACACAGUCCACAUCCUGCUUGCCUAUUGGU